AUGGACUCAACCAACCCAGAAAAUACAUCACUUCACAGAAAGUUUCAAAGGAAAAAGGUUGUCGAAGUGGACGAGGACAGCGCUGGGGGUCAACAAGAAAUUGAGAUAACGGAAGACAAAAAACUUAAAGAACCAGAAACCAACACUGCAAAAUGUCAUUGGGAAGCUUUGUAUCCAAAUGUUAAGGGUAUUACACAAACAGAAGAACCACAAACAAUUCUGGAGAAUAAAGUCAAAGAGAAAUCUAUUCGUCCAACUAAAGAAAAUAAACACAAUAAAUUUUUUCAUAAAAAAAAUCAAGACAAGGAUUUUAAUAUAUCAAAGGACAUAGACGUUAAAAAUCAGUCAAAAACGGGUUAUAACACACCCCAAUUGACAACAGAAAGGUUCAUGGAAUUGAUGAAGGGGACAUCUUCAUCAAAAAUAGAACCAAAAAGAGACAUAAAUGAAGAGAAGAGUAAAGACAAACCAAUUCAACCAACUGCCGAAGAAAUUCUUGAGAAACAAAUAAAAGAGAAACUUGAGUCGAAAACUAAAAGAUUCAAAAUCGCAAAAACAACAAUAAAACGACCCGAACAACACUCGAAUGAUACAACUAAUGUGGUUAAAACAAUCAUUAGAGCACCAGAAAAAGUCAUUGAUGAAAGUCAACGCGCACCACCCAAGACUAAAAGUAUCAUUGACAAAUUGCUCUCAGGAGAGUUAACCUCAAAGACCCACAUUAAAGCGAAACCGAAGAAAGAACACACUGAACAAGUCUUAAAGAAGAAACCCGUUGUUAAUAAGAUCGAAGAAAAAUUGAACGUCGACAAAGAUGAUAACAUCGUCAUCAAAAAGAAGAGAACGGAUUUCUCAUUUUUGGAUUCGCCAAACGAUAGUAAUACUACCAAUUUUGCUUUCUCAUUAUCAAAAUCAACUUUGAAUGUCGAAGAGGUAUCACCACAAAAGAAAUUUGUUAUCCCUUUCACUGCUCAACCCUCAGAACAAAUACCACAACCUACAGAACAAAAGAAAGAAAAGAUGCAACAACAACAAAACAAUACAAACCCAAAAGCAAUUAAUCUCCUUAAGGGAAAAACAUUCGCAAAGACUUCUUCGUUGUAUUAUGACGAUGGAGAUGAUGUAUUGGCUGAUUGA